AGGCCUCUUAAAUGAUGAUUUUAUGUGAUUCUGUGAGGAGACCUGGAAAACAUGCACCGUGUGGGGUCCUGGGGACCGAGUUUGGGAACCUGUGAUCUAUGAUAUUAUACCACACCGCUGAGCUCCAGCCACUGUUACCCAUCUACAGCCCAGAGAUGCCUACACAGUUGGAAAGCGCCAUACAGCGAGUGAUAUCCACCUUCCACCAGUUCGCCUCAGGGAGAGAUGGGGAGGACAAGCUGAACAGGGGGGAGCUGAAGAAACUACUAAGGUACCAGCUGGGGGACUCUAUAAAGACCGUGACAGAUGCAUCAUAUGUGAACCAGAUCAUGAAAGACCUGGAUGAGAACAAAGAUGGACUGGUGGAUUUCCGGGAGUUUGUAACGCUGGUGGCCAAUUUGCUUGUGGCUUUCAACAAUGCUAGGCAGCCACGGGCCUGAUGCCCUUAGGGGCUGCUUGUGGUGUCACCUGGGGCUGAUUGUGCCUGAAUAAACAUAUUGUAACAG